AGAUUACCCAUUAUUUCCCCAACUUAUUAGCGAGAGAGAAGAUCGGUAACUUCUCCCUAUUCUUUUGCCGCACGAUGGGAGCUCCUUGAUGGGAAGAGCUCGUUAAAUAGCGGCCGAUUGGCUCUUGUUUGGCACCCUGAGUCUGCUCCUCACCAUUAGUAUACACAUACCAUCCAAGUGAAGGUGAAGAGAAGGGCUUGGAAGAGCAAAACAAGCAGGGGCAGUUCACUGUGUUCAUCCAAGGAAAUGGCUGGAGUUGUUCAACCUGCGAAUGUUUCUGAUAUGAAAUGUGACAUUCCCGAAUUAAGGGGCGAUAACUAUAAGGUUUGGAAGGAGCGUGUUCUCCUUCAUUUGGGCUGGAUGGACAUUGACUAUGCUAUAAGGAAAGACGAACCACCGGCUAUAACGGCAACCAGCACUCCGGAUGCAGUUCAUCUUUAUGAAAAGUGGGAGAGAUCUAACCGUCUCUCCGUAAUGUUCAUAAAGACCAAAAUAACUGCUGGUAUCCGUGGUUCUGUCGAUCAGCAUACUAAAGUCAAGGACCUUUUGAAGGCUAUUGAUGAGCAAUUUGCUACAUCUGAUAAGGCCCUUGCCAGCACCUUAAUCAUGCAAUUCGCAACCAUGAAGCUCACUGGGAUAAGAGGCGUGCGUGAACACAUCAUGCGCAUGAGGGACAUAACGGCUCAGCUGAAAGCUUUGGAGGUAACCAUGUCGGAUGCUUUUCUGGUUCACUACAUCCUUUACACUCUUCCACAGCAAUAUGCUCCUUUUAAGAUCUCCUACAACACACAUAAGGAAAAAUGGUCAAUUAAUGAGCUACUGACCAUGUGUGUUCAGGAGGAGGAGAGGUUGAUGAUGGAAGAGGGUGAACGGGUGAACUUGACUGUUCAUGAAAAGAAAAGGAAGGAUCAUGCCAAAGGUAAAGGCAGCAUCCCUCCACAGGCAGUCAUUAAGAAAGAGUCAAAGUGUUUCUUUUGCAAGAAAAAGGGACACAUGAAGAAAGAAUGCUCUAAAUUCAAGAGCUGGCUCGAAAAGAAAGGGUAUGGAAAACCUAAGGAAACCAGUGGCAAGUGAACAAUGCAUCUAUUCAGGAGGAAGAAUAAGUUCACAUGUUGAAGCCAUUGGGACAUGCAAUUUAGUUUUAAGCAGCGGUUUUAUUUUACAAUUGGAAAAGACAUUUUAUGUUCCUAGUUUUUCGAAGAAUUUAAUUUCUGUUUCGAGACUAGCUCCUUUAGGAUUUAAUUUCAAUUUCUCAAGUUCUGGUUUUACUUUAAUAAAUAAAUCAAAAACCAUUGGUUUUGGUUCUUUAGUUGAUGGUCUUUAUUCAAUUGAUGUGAAAAAUGAUGUUGCUUAUGAUUCAAUGCAUGUGACAACUGGUUCCAAA